AUGUUCGGAAUAGGUGUAAAAUCCAAAUUAAAAUCAAUAGACAUGUAUAGAAAGUUGCCUACAGAUUUAACAGAAUCUACGGUAUCUGGUGCUAUGAUUUCAAUAGCAAGUUCUUUAAUAAUGCUAAUAUUAUUCAUAAGUGAGUUUAAUGGAUAUUUAAGCAUAACCGAAACCAGUGAAAUGUAUAUAGAUGAGAAACGCUAUGACAAAAUUCGUAUAAAUAUAGAUAUAGAUUAUCCUAGAUUACCUUGCGACGUAAUAUCAUUAGAUGUGGAAGAUUUAAAAGGCACUCAUUCAUAUUAAUUAGAAGGCAAUAUUUAAAUAACCAGAAUAUCAAAUACAAAUUAGUAUUUUGAUACUCAAAAAUAUGACGAUUCCCAUUCAGAAAAUAACCAGGAAUUCAGCGAAGCAAGGCUGAAUAGAUUAAAAUCGGCUUUUUUGGAUUAAGAAGGAUGCAAAAUAUAAGGACAUAUUUUUGUUAAUAAAGCACCUGGAAACUUCCAUGUUUCAGCACAUUCAUUUGACCGAAUUCUGCAUUAAAUAGCUUCUCAUGUCAAUAUAAGUACUAUUGAUGUAUCGCAUAUUAUUAAUCAUAUAUCUUUUGGAGAUGAAACAGAUAUUAUAAGAAUUAAAAGAUAAUUCAAGUCUUAGGGAAUUUUAGAUCCUUUGGAUCGUACUAGAAAAAUUAAAACUGAGGAUUAAAAGAAUAUUAGUAUUUCUUAUUAAUAUUAUAUUAAUGUGGUACAUACCACUUAUGUGAAUAUUCAAAAAAAAGAGUACAGUGUAUAUUAAUUUACAGCUAAUAAUAAUGAACUUUUAAGUGAUAGAUUACCUGCUUGCUUUUUUAGGUAUGAUUUAUCACCUGUUAUUGUUAGAUUUAGUUAAUCCAGAAUGUCUUUUUUGCAUUUUAUUGUUUAGGUUUGCGCUAUUAUUGGAGGAGUAUUUACUGUUGCAGGAAUUAUUGAUUCUAUUAUUCAUAAAUCUGUUGUUCAUAUUCUUAAAAAAGCAGAAAUGGGAAAACUAUCUUGA